CCCCCCACUCCUCCCGGAAGGCGCGCCCCAGCUUUUGGUAGGAAAUACUAGAUCAAAUUGAUAAUUAUCAGCCAAUGGCAAGGGAACCAAGUCCUGAAAUUGAUGAUGAACUAUUCAAUGAAGUUUAUGGGAAGGCAUACAGUGGUCCAGUCGCAACAACUACUAAUAACGUGACGCCUAGAGUGAAUGAUGAGAAGAGGCCCCUGACACAUGAAAAGUCAGAUGAGGAAGAUGACCCCCCGGAUCCCAAUGCUGUCCCUACCGACUUCACUAGCAGAGAAGCCAAGGUCUGGGAGGCUAAAGCUAAAGCUACAGAAAGGAACUGGAAGAAGAGAAAGGAGGAAGAAAUGAUUUGUAAAAUAUGUGGAGAAUCAGGUCAUUUUACUCAGGGUUGUCCAUCCACACUGGGGGCAAAUAGGAGAAAUGCAGAUUUUUUUGAAAGAGUUCCAGCAAGAGAUAAACAAGUCAGGGAUCUAUUCACUGAGAGGACAAUAAGUCAGAUUGAGAAGGACGUGGGGUGUAAAAUCAGAAUGGAUGAGAAGUUCUUGUUUGUCAGUGGUAAAGAUAGGUUGAUACUAGCGAAAGGUGUAGAUGCUGUUCAUAAAAUCAUUCAGGAGGGUAAAGGUAAAAAUACUCCAAGCAGUCCAAAACGGGAUCGUUCGAGAUCCCCUCCGCGAACUACCACUGAUAUUCGCCCCAGACAUACUGAUUCUAGAUGGUCACAUAGUCCAAGAAGUGCAUCACACUCUCAAAGUAAAGGAUAUUAUAACGAAAGGCCACUAGAUGGCCGCUCACGUGAUGAUAUGCCUAAGUUUUCAAAAGGAUCUCCACAAGCUAGAGCUUCUGCCAACUAUGGAACCAAAGGCCGUCCAGCCCAAUCAAAAUCUCCAUGUCAACCCUCCUAUCUUGAUGAUUCCCUUAGAUCAAAUGAUGGGAAUAACCAAUAUGUGGCUACAUGUGUGCCAAAUACCUGGAGCACUGAGUCACGUGGAACAGAUUCCCGAUUAAGCCUUAAGUUUGACCUGCCUUCCUACCCUCAAACUUUGGAAGAGCUUGAACUGGAGUUCAGAAGAGAAGCUAUGGAGUUAGCUAGAGUCCAUGACAAAGAAGAGGAUGAAGAAAAUUACAAGCAUCGGGAGUCACUAAGAGAAAUGAGAGAAAACCACAUGAAGAGGGUGACAGCCAUGAGGAGUAUGCAAGCAAAGAAGUGGGAUAAAUUUCUUGAACAAAGCUUUAAAAGGCACCAGCAAGUUCAGCAGACUUCUUAUGCCCAAACUACUUAUCCAGACUAUGAUCAGAGAACUACACAAUUUGCUGCUACUGAUGGUCCACCAAUCGAUUCAAAGAAUGCAUAUCCAUAUAUUACUGAUAGCUACUCAGCCCCAAGGCCUCAUACUGCAUACGAUGAGUUUCAGCAUGAAAGGCAUGACAAUUUUGGGAGGACCUAUGGGCGAUAUUAGCUUUUGGCUAGUGGUAAGUGUGGCAAAGUUUAAGGGAUUGCGACUCGCUACAUAAAGCAGAGCAGAUAUGGACUUGGUAGCAUCCAUCUUACUAACAGUAAACAGAUGUUGACGGAAUGUUCUCUUACAUUUUAAGUAGCUAAGAGCACUUCCCGGAUUUUCAGGGCAACUUUGUGAGGAAUCUGAGUCAAUGGUGUGCUACUGUCUUAGCAGCCUAGUGCCUAUUCUCUGUCAUGUAGUUUCAGCAGGUAAGGAAUUUCAUAUAUUGGCAGUAAAAUGCGUUCCAGUUGCUCAUUCUUUUGCAGCACCAUCACAAUGGGAUGUGAAACUGUCAAAACGGAUUUAGAUAAUGUAUCUCUUGCUUACCUAUCUCGUCGAUGAAACAAUUGAUGUUAUGAAUGGCUUUAGAUAAUGUAUCUCUUGCUUAUCUAUUUCAUCGAUGAAACAAUUGAUGUUAUGAAUGUAUUAAGUAUUAACAUAA